AUGGCGGCGAACGGCAUCUGCCAAAUCCGUCUCCAAGAAGAACGAAAACAAUGGCGCAAGGACCACCCCUACGUGCGUAGUCGAUUCGGCGUAAUCCUCGGCUCUCCUUCCUGACGUCAAAAAAAACACUGACCUCAUCGCCCCCCCCUGUCAUGUGCUAUCCGGAGCUCACAGGGUUUCUGGGCUCGUCCUCAAAAGAAAGGCAACGAGUUGGACCUCAUGACCUGGGACGUCGGAAUUCCCGGCAAGGAUGGCGUGAGUCACAGAAACCUUACGUUGUCUGCGAUCGACCCCUGACUCUCGGCGAUGUUCCUGCCGCACAGACGAUUUGGGCCGAUGGCGUGUUCAAGCUGCAGAUGAUCUUUCCCGAAGGUGCGGGGCUUCCGAAUCAGUUCCAUACGCAGGUACUGAUAUGGGCUUGCGACCUACUCCCCAGACUACCCCUCCAAGCCUCCCAAGUGUUCGUCUCGGGCCAGCGCCAUGUGAUCACUCAUACUGGCAAAACCCCUCUGAGGUGCUCAUACCCAACCUCUCUUUCUCGAUAAUACAGGCAAAUUCGUUCCCCCGCUCUUCCACCCCAACGUCUACCCCUCCGGAACCGUCUGUCGUACGUCUAGUCCCUUUCUCUCGCCUCUCGCCCUCCGAUCUCUUGACAACUCACCGACCCCCCCUCUCAAUACUCAUACUCACAGUCUCGAUUCUCAACGAAGAAAAAGCCUGGAAGCCGGCUUUAACGGUCAAGCAGAUCCUACUCGGGAUUCAAGACCUGCUCGAUGCGCCGAACGCGGAUGAUCCGGCCCAAUUGGAUGCGUAUCAGUUAUUCAAGUACGUUGCCGAGGACCCCGAUUCUUUGAAUCCGCGGCGGAUAUGAUCGGGAGCACUGACGGUUUGUUUUACUAUGGUCUCGACCUACUUUAGGAAGGACCGAGUAGCCUAUGAGUGAGUCGAUAGCGAUGUCUCGUCUCAUUUCAGAAGAACACGACUGAUCGUCUAAAGCUUCACCCAAUAGGAAACGCAUUCGACAACAAGCGAGGGAAAACGUACCCAAAUGA